AUGGCUCCCUGGGUUCCUGCUUUUACUUCUUCAAUUACAAGAGAAUCGGAUCAUUUGAAGUUCAUAUACUUUUCAUUUGCUAACAUUGAUGCCAAUGGGUUACCUCAUGUCAGAAAUGUAGUCUUUAGAAACUUUUUGUUUGAUGAUAAAUCCACAAAUGUUUUGGUCUUUGUAACUGAUGGUAGAAUGCAAAAAUUCAAUCAAUUAUUAAACAACGAUAAAUUUGAAGCCUGUUUUUACUUUCAUCAUUCAAGAAGACAGUUCAGAUUUAAUGGAUUUGCUAAGAUAAUUGAUUUAAAAAACCAAAUUUAUCCCAAUGUUGCCGUAUUAAGUCAUGACAAUAUAAAACUUGAUAGUAAAAGUAACAACAAAAAUAUACAUAAAAAUGCUAUCAAUAAUAACAAUAUUAAUAAUAAUAAUAAUAAUAACAACAACAACAAUAGCGAUAGCGAUAUAAAUAAAAAUACUAUUAAAAACGAUAACAUAGAUUCAAAGAUAAAUCCCCCAUUUGUAUACCUGUUAUACUCCCCUUCAGUCCCUUCAGUCCCUCCAACUAUAGAUGAAUGGAAAAAAGAACAUUUACAAAGAUGGGAAAAUUUGUCAUUGAAAUUGAAAUCUUCCUUUAACAAACCAUUCCCAAGGUCUUCAUUAACAAAUGAAAAGAGAAAGCUAUUGGACAGUAUUUCAAGAGGUGUUGAUGGUAACGAUAUUAACGACGGUUAUAAUGACAAUUUUAAAGUUAUCUGUUUAUUCAUUAAUGAGGUCGAUUAUCUUAAUGAAGAAAACGAGAGAAGAGUUAUUUACACAAGAUUGAAUUUUGAUCAAUGGCAAGAAGAAGAAGUUUGCCCAUAA